GUGGACAGCUGCAAACACAAUUUGUUGACUUUAAAUAAACAAAAAUUGCAACAUUAAAUAAAAAAAAAUAAAUAAACACAAACUCAACCCUUGAAACAGGCGCGCAUCAAAAACGAAGUUCAAGUCGUAAAAAUCAAUAACUGACAUCUUGACUGCAACAGCAGCUGACACACCCACCACUAAGCCCACUCAACCUGCCCCUCCCCCACCCACACUCGACAUACAAUAGAACACACAGUACAAUAAAUGUUUGGAAGCAAUUCAAACUUUGUUACCAUUGCUGACACAAUUUCGACUUUUAUUGUUGUAAUACAAAUAUAGUUGAAAUCUAUUAAUGUGGUGUGUGUGUGCAUGUAUUUGUGUAUUUUCAAAUAUAUUUUUGUCAACUAAUUUUAGCAAGUAAAGCGUAAAAUGCUGUGAGCAAACUCACACGCAAAUUUUGAAACUGUCGCCAAAUGCACGCGAAAUUUUAUGUCGCGUAGCGGCGACCCAAUAAAUAAAUCAACAACAAAAUUUAAAAAAUAAAUAAAAUAUUAAGGCGCAAAUAUGCGAGCGAGAGCAAUAAGUUUGAAUAAAAAAUAAAACAUAUAUGUAUAUGCAAAAGAAACAAAAAACAACCAAAUCAGUUCCUAUGCAUUUGUUAAUACGUAUAAAUGAAAUUGAACAAGCAUACGGCAAAUUGUCGCAUACGGCGAUAUUUGCUAAUAUUUACGGCCCUAUCGCUGCUGCUGUUGCCCCUCUCGCUCAUCUAUCUCGUGUGGAACGAGCAGCUGCAAAAGAUAAAUGGCUUUGAGGCAUUCAAUCUACAGCAGCAGCAACAACAACAACAGCAGCAGCAACAGCUGCAACCAGCAGCGGGCCAAACGUUUCGUUAUCCUGUGCUCUUGCUGAACAAGAAUAAAAACAAGGAGCUUACUGUGAUUGCAACUGGCAAAGCAAAGCCAAAUAAAUGGCGUUAUGUUGAUAAAGACAUCAAUCAAACUCAUUUGCCGCUCAUUCCCGACUAUGCGGUGCAAACACUUAAGCCGCUUGAAAUGCAGCAACUGGCCUUGCGCAUGGAGAGCAGACUCGAUAGACUGAAGGAGAAAUGCACAGAGCAUGGCUUGGAUGUAUUAGGUCACGAUAGCUGGCAUACGCCCAAUACGUGGGAGUUUUUGGUUAAUAAAAAAUAUCACAUUAUAUGGUGCAAUGUGUUCAAGGCUGCGUCCUCUUCUUGGAUGUUCAAUUUCAAUAUCUUGGCCGGUUAUACGCCCAACUAUUUGCUGCAUACCAAAAAGAUUCUGCUCAACUUGGCCAGAGAGCGUUAUCCACGUGUCACAUUAGAUGAGCUGCGCGAGGCACAAAAUGAUUCAAUUACCUUUAUCAUAGCGCGAAAUCCCUUUGAGAGACUGCUAAGCGCCUAUAGAGAUAAGAUCGUCUUUGCGCUGCCAUAUUCCUUUCACGAUAAGCUGGGACGUACCAUAGUGCGCGGCUAUCGCAAAAAGCCCGCUUUGAUUGCACGUGCGGGCAACACCAAGUAUCCAUCGUUUCCGGAAUUCGUGCACUGGCUGCUGGAUCAGGUGAAACGUGGCAGCUUCAUAGACAUGCACUUUGUAUCGGCAACUUCGUUUUGCACGCCUUGCCUCAUACACUUCGACAUGAUACUGAAGUUCGAGUCACUGGCCGAGGAUCAACUAUAUCUAAUUGAAAAGACUGGCCUCAAGCGGGUCAUAGCGCCCGUUUGGCGCAACAUGGGCAAGGGGGGAAGAAAAACGCACGAGCUGCAGCAUCAGUUUUACUCGCAGCUGACCAGGCAGGAGAUGCUGCAGCUCUAUGACUACUAUCAAUAUGACUUCGAGCUGUUUGGCUAUGACAUCAAGGAAUACUUGCAGUUCGCCCGUGCUGAUGAUACAGUGGGCCUGGCCGCAAUGGGGGUGUAGCUAAUAGCUGUAAUAUCAAUUAAAUUUAAUAUUAGCAAUUCAUAGAAUUUAGCGCAAUGUAGUUGAAUAUAUCUAUCUAUAAACAAAUUAGCCGUCACAGUACGUAAAUUGCAAGAAUGUUGAUAAUAAUGAAUGAAACAAUAAUAAAGUUAAUGCAAAACAUAAUAUGUGAAUUUGGUUUAUAUAUAAUAACUUAGAGCUAACAACAAAUUGUAACGCAAUAUUUGCUUUUGAUUUACGUUUUAAAUGAAACUGUACAUACUAAUGA